CCGGCCCCGCGCGUGGAGGGCCCGGGGGUGGGGGGUCGAGCUUGGGAUGGGCCGCGGUCUCCUUCGGCUGUGGGCCUGGUGCUGGAUCCCCUGGCUCAGGCGACACCUGUGGGUCUUCGUGCACAGGCAGUGUCCUAUGGCACCGUGGCCCUGGGGGGAUUUUGACCCAGCCUCUGAUGCCCUCCAGCAUCGUUGCAGCUGUGUAGUGGGAAGGGAGCUCCUGUUGUUCUGUGAUGGAGCAUUGCUCCUGGGGUCCCCUUGCUCCUGGGGUCCCCUUGCUCCUGGGGUCCCCUUGCUCCUGGGGUCCCCUUGCUCCUGGGGUCCCCUUGCUCCUGGGGUCCCCUUGCUCCUGGGGUCCCCUUGCUCCUGGGGCCCUUCAUGGCUGUGGAGUAGCCUCGUGGCUAUGAUGUUUCCCCUGGGUUGCCUGCUUUAAUUACGGGGCUGUGUUAAAUGGUACAGCCAGCUGGCUUCUGUGGUGCUGGAUUUUAAAGAGUUGGCUCUCUACUUGUGUCAUUCCUUGGGGAGAAGGGAAAGCCAGGGCUCAGGCAAGGAGCAGCAAUCCAAAUGCCGCCCUCAUACAGAGGGAGCUGUGGACUAGGACUGGUGGGAUGUGAGGAACCUGUGAUCCAUAGGAGCUGCUGCAGGCUUCAGGCUGUAAAUAUGAAUAAAGUGCAGAAGGUAGAAUUAAAUGCUGAGGUCCCUUAAGGCUUGCUUCCCCUUUCAUGAGCCAUUUGAUUUCCAGUGCAGUUGCUUAAAAUGUUGAUCAAUUAGAAAGGAACAUUUUGUUAGUUCUUGAUAUCGCUGGUGUUGUUGGAUUCUCUUUGCCCUGUUCGUCAUGUAGUGCUGGCCCAUGGAGCCUGGGGUUGGCUGUGUGCAAACAUCCAGACCUUUGAUUUGCAAAAUGCAUGAAACAAGGAACUGGGCACUUCUGCAGUAUUGGUAGAGACUGGUGGCAGUAUGUCUGGUGGGCAGCUCUGUGUGUUACUGAGCAUCCCGUGAGAUGCUCAGGAGCAAAUGAGCAGGGGCUUUGCCCUGCAGUGUCUGAUUAGCAUUUGUCUUUGGAAAAACUGUUGAAGUGAAGCAAAACUCUUUCUUAUAAACAUUUUGCUUUCUGAAUGUAUGUUCUUAUGUCAUCUCUUUGACUUCUUGUAUCUCUCUGCUUGGGGAUUUAUUUUCCUGAAUGCAUCAGAACAUUUGGGAGGGAAACGUUGCUUUGAAGCAGGCACUUCAUGCACUGCAAAAGUUCUCCAAGUCUCUUGGUUUUGAGCAACAUCCAGCUUCAAUCAGUCCUUCCACAAAUCUGGGACACUUGGAGUUGUGCUAGUGUUGAAAAAGCUCCAAGGGCAGUUUUCCUUGUCUACACAGCCCUACUGUUUCUGGUUGUUGGGGGAGUUCCUGCUGCUGUUGUUAAGGGCUGCUGCCUCGGCUGUGGCUGCAGCUGUACAAGGAAUUGCCUCACCGAGUGCAGAGCAGUUUGUAAGGAGAAUAUUUGUCCCAGAGCUGACCUGGCUGGGCGGUGUGUUUGCAGGGCUCUGGUUGGGGUGGGAAAGCGCCCUCUGGAAUGUCUGUUUCCCAGCAGCUCGUGGUGCUGUUACCAGAGACACUUCUUCCUGUCUUUUGAGAAGCGCUUUGGCAGCAGUCUUCUGUCAGUGACAUUUGUAAGUUGCAAAGAAACUAUGAAUUGUGUUUUUAUAUGUAGGUUUAGAGGGAAGGAAGGACUCUGAGGCUCACUGCACUGCAAUAGCUUCAAGAGCAGCUCCUGAAAGACCUCUUAGCCGUUUCCCUACAGAUGCUUCUAGCCAACACGCAGCUCGACUGCACGGACUCUUCUUAAGUGAAGUCCACAGAGGGCGCCGGCUCGGAGGCUCGAUGAGGAGCGGUUCCCGCCGCCGACCUCCGCACGCCGCUGGUUCCCGCUGGCGCCUCGGCGCCUCGCCCGGUUGCCGGCAUCCCGCGCGGGUUCCGCCCUGCGCCUGGCGCCGGGCCGCGCUGCUGUCCAAGGUCCUGCACGGCCCCGGUGCUCCGCCGUGGGGGUCUUCGUCGCUGCGCUCUCGGGAGAUUCGGACGUGUCAGCAUGGCAGAGCUUUUCACGAUCCUUGGGCUUUUCAAGAAAAACGGGCCCUCGUUGAAAAGCUCCGUUUUUGAUAGAGCCAAAGGUUGAGUUUGCUACAGGAGUUAUUGAAAUAGUUGCAUUAGAAUUGGAGAAUUGUCUGCUUGGCUCUUUGUUGCUCAGCUGAGGGUGAAAAUCACUUUGAACACAGAGAGGUUGAUGUUUGACUUUCAUUUUAAGAUGGAGCAGGAAGGCUUGGGCUUGCUGUUGGAACAAGGGCGGUUCACAGACUCUUCAUAGUCUUAUGCUAUCCGUUGUCAGAGCUAAAAGCAGAGCUGAAGCAAUGGUGAUGGAUGAGUGCUUUGAUUCACCGUUCCACUAGCCUGCUGUCCCCCAUUUCCAUGAUUUUAUAGGAUAGUUGGACUUAACGUCCCUCAAGGGAUGGUGCUGUAAGGAUUUGCUGAUUGAUUAUGAAUGUAAAUCGUGCUUAAAAUGUGUCAAAUUCAACUUAGUUUAUAAAUACAUUGUAGAUUAGACCUCAGUAUUGGCUUUCAGGGCACCCGAAUUUCCCGUGCUCUGCCAAAUCUCGAGGAGUGUUAGAAAUGAGAUAGAGAGGAAAAAGUCAGCUCUGCAGAACAAAGUUUUCCAGCUCUCCAGUUGUAUUGCAUGUAUGUAUGCAUUCUCUCCUAAUUCAAACUGGAUGUAAAGCAAGGUCCCAGUUCACAUUUUGUCUGUCUUCUAACAUCUGCAUGUGCUUUUCUGCACAUAAGCGGUGCUGGCCUGCAGUCUGCAAAUGAGACCAUUGCUUGGAUCUGCACUCCAGAGUGCCUGUUUCAAAUUCGGGGGGUCACACGUAAUAAUUCCAGCAAGUACUCCUAGCUUAUUGCUGCGUGAGAGCCUGGCUUCGUGACUUUGAUGCCUGUGGACCAGCUAGCUCAGGGACUGGGAGCUGCGGGAGUGUUUCAAUGUUUUGAUUUCUGCCUGUUGGGUCCUCAGAAGCCAUCCUGUGCCUCAGAGUUCCCUCAUCCUGGCAUACCAAGCUGUGUCCUGAAUCUCUGCUGGCACAGUAGUGCGCUCUGACCAUUCCUGCAGUUGUGAUCUCACAGCUCUUAUUAAAGAAUUGUUUACUGAAGCACAUGUACUUUUCCUCCAGCCCUGCUCUUCUUUGCUGAGUGUGAUCGCAAUCCAAGUUUGGAGAAUUAGCCUGGCUCAGCAGUUUGUGCAUCCCCAAACCAAUCCCCUCUGUGCAGCAUUGUGGAGCAUUCAGCUAUUUGUUUUGACCUCAGAACUAUUAUUUGAGGCAGAGGAUGAGAUAUUUUGUAAAACCCUUUCCAGAUUUGAAUGCAGUCGCUUCUAUUUUGUGCCCUUCACCAGGCUUAUCAUUGCUUCAGAGCAGGAGGUGAGCUGCUAACGAGUGGCAGAGUCACAAUCACAGAAAAAUGAGUAUCACCUCGUGCUGUGACGUUCCAUACGAAGGCCAAAAAAAGCUGGUGCAUCCAGUAUGUAGGCUUUGUUAUUGCUUCAGAUCAGGCAGUGAGCUUGGACAUCACUGUUUCAUGCUCUUCCAACCUCUGAACAUGUCAUUCGCAAGCUCUGCUCCCGGUGAGGCCCGUUGCCCUUGUGCUUGUUUUCUGCACACAGUGACCUGCUGCUCACCUGGGCAGGAGGUGGAAGGUGUCUGCUGGGUUGUGAUUGUCCACAGAAUGUAUGAUUUACUUUGCAAAGUGAAAAAAAGCACCUUGAAGACAGCAGUUACGUGCUUUCACACGGGGAAUGCAGGCACAAAGGGGAGAAGUGAUGCUGCUAACAUGAAACAGGGUGGAAUGAGGAAUUAUGCUUGGAUGUCAGCUGUUCGUGUUCUCUUGCUUUAAGCUGUAUGUAAGAUGAUGAUGACAGGGUUUACUUUCAAUGUGGCUGUGUUUUUUGCUGCUUUAUGAUGUAAACAAUCUCUUUUUAAAUCUUUGUAGCGCGAAGUCGUUUUGAAAGAAGGAAGCGCUGCACUGGCUGUCUCUGAUGGGACUCCUGCAGCAAUGCAGUGUGACCUUCUGUGUGCUCCAGGAGAUUGAAUUUCUCCCAGAAUUUCAUCACUGGGUUCAAUAACCUUAAGCAGAGUGGCUCUCUUUUCAAAGGAUUUCCAAGGAUGGGGUUAUCUCUUUACCAGCAGCUUAUCACCUUCAGAACAGCUUUGCCUUCCGUUUUUUAAUGUAUUUUCCCUUGUCUUCUGUUACUCAGGCCGAGAUCCUUGUCCCUGUGGCUCCACCCUCUGCGAUGUGCACAGGCAGUGUUCAAGUUACCUCUUGAUCUUUCUUCGUCUUAAGUAGGUUCAGAUGCCUCUAGUUUUCCAGGCUGGGUCACUUUGCAGUUCCUGUCCUGAAUGCUCUCCAAGAACUCACUCCUCGCUGGAGAACCUCACAGGCCCCAGUAGCUAAAUCACAAAGGCUGAGGUUGGACUCGCCUGGCAUGGACCUUUCUUUGGAGACCACAGCCUCAGGACGGGCGUUUGCAUGCUUCUAGGAUCGUGUGUAAAGCUCCCAGCUUUCAGAACUAUGUGAGUAGUAACCCAUGGGGUGCCACCCGUGUUGAUGCUUUCUGCCUCCCAUCUGGAGCUUAUUCUGGAGCAGAGCAUUUUCCCUACCACCUGCAAGAGGGUUUGUGCUGCUCUUAGUCUGUGGCCCUGCUCUGCCUGCUCAUUUGAGACCUGGAACCAACAGGGGUAGGCCUGUGUGGUCCCUUUGGCUUGCCAAAUAGCUGGUAUCUAAGCUAUCAAGUACUUCUUGGAUUUCUUUGGUACAGACUGCUGUGCUUAGGGUUAUCUUUGGACAUCAGGCUUCAUGGGUGGCAUGGAGAUGCUUGUCCCAUUCACAGUGUUUGUGUGAAAACUCAUGUUUAAUUUUAAGGAAUGAGUGUGUUUCUGAAGGCAGGACAAUCUACUGAACAUGGCUUUCAUUGCUUUGGGGUAAGUAGUGAAUGGAGUUUUUGGAACAGUAGUGACAGUAGUUUUUGGGUAGUGUAGGAAAGAACACCUUUACUGACCAAAAUGGUGUGUGGGACUAUUAUUGGGUGUCCUAGCCCUUAAGAGCUCUGCUGUUAGCUCUUAAUGGAAAGAAUGGAAGCCCUUAGUACUGGUUGAAUAUCAGUGAAAUUCUUCCAGGUCCCAGAUGUGCUUUGGAAGUGGAAUUCAUCCUCUGUCAGACUGUAGCAUAGCCUCCAUGUGGUCCCUGGUGUAAACUUGGGGCAAAGCAAUCUCCUAGCCCACAGUUUAUCUUCUUUCUCUCAGUCUCUGGCAAAGUCCUGCAGUGUCCCAGGUUAAUGGGCUCCAUGAGAUCCUGUUGUUGCAAUAGGGUUUUUGUCUUGAAACUUGAGGGAUUUCUGCCCCCAAACCUCUCCUUUUUAGUUAGUAAAAGUGGACAGCUUGAUGUCUGCUGCAGUGGUUCAGAGAGCUAGCAGGAGCCAUGUAUCCUUGGUGUAGGGGCGUAGAAAUACGUUUAUAGUCAUCUAGGCUGGCCUCUGCCGUAGGGAUUGAUGCCUCUGUAAAUAAUACCUGUCCAGGCUUAGUUUGUUUAGAUGUGUUGAACUGUGGUUCAGAAACUGGCAGUGGUGAAAAAUCCACUGCAUUUUUUUGUUAGAUUCUGGCUCUUAGAAGUAACCUGCCUUAAAAAUGUGUGGCUUAUGGUACUGCCUGAGCAUCCCUUGUCUGUGUCUCACAGCAUGACGUUGCUUCUUCAAGUCAUCAUCCAAAGAGAUGCCUGGUUUCUGUCUCAGUUUGAUGACUGACUUCUCUACUUCCCUGAGCACCUGUCUUCCCUUGAGGCAUUUACAUCACUUUCAUUGUUUCAUUUUGGAGUCCUCUGGUCUGGAGCCAGAACUUUCAGGAAACUUUUGGCAUGGAGGCACAUCAGGAUGCAAUUGAGGCUUUGUUCUUUGGUGUAAAAAAUUGAUUUCACUGCCGGUGUAUCUCUGAGUGCUGUGAUCUGGCAGAUGUGUGGCCACGUGUAGAGCUGGAGCCACUUCAGGCAGGUCUGCAGUAGGUUCUGCACGACUGCAGAGUGUUGGAUUUGCUCAUGUUCUGUGGAGCAGUGGUAGACUUGGUUUCUCGAGCACUAAGUCAUCAGCUGCCUUUGUGCUGUGUGGUAUGGCUCUCUUUAGAGUUCAAGCUGUGCUUUCUUCCCUUUUUAUUGUCAGAACUGAUGCUUCAGUUCAGAAGUACAGAAAUAGGGCUUCUGGUGGUGAUAUUCUUAUUUACACCUGAUGUUCUCCUGCCUUUCACACAUUUUUUUAACCUGAAAGUUCAUGAGCCUGUGUGUAGAGCAGAGGAUUUGACCACCUGUAGUCAGUUCUGUUUCCCUGUGCUCCAGCCAGUGUGGGAAUGCAGGUUUCAGGAGCUUUCGUGGCUCCAGUCAUCCCUACAUGCUGUAGGCAUAUAGCCUUUGGAUACUGCCUUCCUCACUUCAGCUUCCUCACUUCAUAGACCCGAGGACUCCUCCCUUCCAUUAAGUUGAGUGGUGCUGAGUGCUAUCCUGUGUCACUGGACCUGGUCGAGGCCAGCAGCCAGCGUUUGAUAGGGUGUCAUGGAAAGGUAAUUGUGACACUAGAUGUGGACAGGCAUGUAGAUCACAGCACUGCUGGGUGGAGGCUGUGCCAUCUAGCUAAGAGCUCACAGAAUCUGUCAGGUUGGAAAAGCUUUCAAGAUCACCGAGUCCAACCCAGCCCACCCCACCAGCAGCCACUGACCAUCUCUCAGUGCCACAUCCCCGUGGUCUGGAGCACCUCCAGGAUGGUGGCAGCGCCACUUUGCUGGGCAGCUGGUGCCUGAGAAUCACUGCUCUUUGGAGAAUGAAUUUUUCCUGAUAUCCAACCUGAGGCACACCUGGCCAUUCCAAAUCUUCUCAAUGCUUCCAAAGGUGUUCUUGUUGAAGCUUUGCCAACUAAACUUGUCUGUACCCCCGGGCAUAGAAAUGAAUUUGUCUGCAGUGAGUAGUGACACUUCUCAUGGAUGGGUUCUUGAUUCUGGGAUUCCACAGCUGGUUGUUUUCUACCCCAAUUGCAGCAGAGGUGUUGGAAAUGUAAAAAUUUGCUGGUCCAAGGCGGAUCUGCCUGUUUUAUCCUGAGAGACAGCAAAGACAGAAUCAGGAGAGGCUGGUGCUGCCCAGCUGAGAAUCCCCGAUCGCUUUCCCAGAGCUGCUGAUAGAAAGUGGUGCUUAUUGCUGCCUGUGGGCUCAUUGAGCUUUUGCUGUGUGUUGGUUUUUGGUUUUGAAACAGCAGAGUAAAACUGACUUGCUGCUUAGCAGCUUUGCUGCUGCUCCCGGGGCUCUGAAUAUCACAAGGAGACGGGCUAGGAGUGUAUUACUCUCCUGCUGAUGCUGUUGAACAAGGUGUUUGAGGAGCAUUGGAUGUGUUGGAGCUUUCUGUAGAUGUCAAGUUCCUUUUGGGGGAAAACCAACCAUUUUAUGUGAUGAUGUGUACUUGCUUGUUGCUUAAGAGCUGUAGUCCUUCUUCAGAAAACAGGAUGACCAAACUAUUCCCAAAUUAAUGCCUCUUUGGAGCUCUAGAGGUGGCUUAGAUUGCCAUUCUGUGUAGCAUCUGAACAACCUAAUGAAUGUUGUGUGAGAAAAUGUGUUCUACAAAUCUGUCAGUCUGCAAGUUGCUGAGAUUUGCAAGAUAAAGUUGGAGCAUGAUGCUAUCUUUUAAAAGCAGAGUGGUGGUUGAAUUAAAAACACAUUGAGAGAUGCACACAAAGGUUCUUCCCCAUCCAGAUAUCUGCCUGGAUCUGGACUAGGGGGGAAUUGUACAAGUCUAUGAGUUUUGUCUGCAGCUCUGCCUUUCUGUCAGGCAUGUUAUGUGUAGCUGCCAGCUUGGCCAGUAGUACACGAUGGUAGAGAUCACCAAAACCAGGUCGGGUUUUUGGAUUUGUCAUUUUUGGAGGCUUCAACCUUAGUGCUGAAAGCUGUCGUAGUGAAUUACUAGCCAGAGCCAUCUGAGUUAUGUUUCUUUCUUAAUGAUUGAUAUCAAAGUCUGGGAAUGUGGAGCAUUAUUGAUUUGACCUCUUUUAAAUUUCAGCAGCUUCACAAGAGGCAGAGUGAGUUAGUAAGGAAUGCAAAAUAUACCCUCCGCAGGUGUUACAGCCGUGUGAAGGAGCAUGGUGUUGGGAAGAGGAAAAGCAGCUACACGUUCGAACAGCUGGAGCAGGUGUUUGGGCAGGGAGGAUGGGAUUCCCAGCCCUGCCAGCCUGUCCUCAUCAACAGCAGUGGCUUGUACCAGGAGCUGGAGUCGGAUGGCAGCACCAUGGAGGAGUACUCGCAGGAGGACUGGGGAAACCACAGUCAGGAUCUUCAUUGCUACCAGACUGGUGAGCAGGAAUUAGAUGAAAUGCCUACCACAAAAAGAACAUUAAAGAUAAAGCAGGAAUCUUCAGAAGACGCUCAGAAGCGUGACGUCAUGCAGAACAUUAUGCAAAUCUUGGAGUCUGUCCAGUUGAAGUGGGAGCUGUUCCAGAGCUGGACGGACUUCUCCAGGCUGCACCUCUCCAACAAACUGGCCAUUUUCGGCAUCGGCUACAACACGCGCUGGAAGGAGGACAUUCGCUACCACUACGCGGAGAUCAGCUCGCAGGUGCCGCUGGGCAAACGGCUCCGGGAGUAUUUCAACUCGGAGAAGCCGGAGGGCAGAGUCAUCAUGACCAGAGUGCAGAAAAUGAACUGGAAGAACGUGUACUACAAAUUCCUGGAGAUCACCAUCAGCGAAGCGAGGUGCCUCGAGCUGCACAUGGAGAUUGACUGGAUACCCAUCGCUCACUCCAAGCCGACGGGAGGCAACGUCGUCCAGUAUUUAUUGCCCGGGGGCAUCCCCAAAAGCCCGGGUCUCUACGCCAUCGGCUAUGAGGAGUGCCACGAGAAGCCACACUCGCCUCUGGCCGAGCCGCGGGGCGCCGAUCCCAGCCAUGAGACUCCGGGGGAGCUGGAGGCGCCGUCGCCGCAGGCCUCGCUGCGGGUGGAGAUGGAGUCCGCCCGCAUCAUCUACUGUUACCUCGGCAUCGCCGAGGUCAGGACUCUCCAGCAGUGCCUGUUUUUACAUUUUCAGGCAAACACCAAAACCUUCAGCAAAGAGUGGGUUGGGAUCAACGCGUUUUUAUCUCAGAACUGCGUUGUAGAGCCCGGGGUCUCCCCAAAAUCCAUCUACAUCAAAUUUGUGGAAGUGGAGAGGGAUUUUCUUUCCGCUGGCUCUUUGGUAGAGUGCCUGGAAAAAGCCAUUGGAUACCCCUUAAAAUUCAACAACUGAAUCUCGUCCUUCAUAAGGACUGCGGCUUCUGCCCGUUUCCCAUCUCACCGUCGGACGCUGAUGGAUGCUGCGCACGGCCGCGAGGCGAAGGCGCUGCUCAGCAGCGUUUGAGGGGGGCUGCUGGGCCGUGGAGCAGCGCGGGGCGACGAGGGCAGCCUGAGCCCUGCCCCGCACAUCCCAUACAUUCCAUGUCAGACGGAGCGGACGUUUCAUACGAAAAGCUGUUUUUCCACAAGGUCUCAUUUUUACACAUCCGUCUAUAAGUGUUAUUACAGAUCUGAAUAAAUAAGCAAUAGAUAACGGCGAGUUAAAUCUUGAAUCACGUUAAAGGAGACUGUUUUUCAAAGCCACCCUUAGAUACUAUUGUAUAUAAUUUAGAAAUUCACUUUUUUCACCCAUCCAGUGUUCUCCUAUCUCCAAACAGUGUUGCCUGCAAAGACUUUUGUUUCUGUGAUGUAUUCCACUUUCCUAGUAGUGUUGCCAUAUCCGCUUUUAUUUUAUUUUAUUUUAUUUUUUAACAUUAAAAUAAUUCCCGGGCUUUUAUUAUUUUUAUUUUUAUCGGUUUAUUUUUUCAGUUCUAGUUAGCCUCUUUGUGAGAAUAACCUGGCAGCUGGGGAGCAUUCUGUCAAACCAUGCUUAUGGGUACAAUCAAAGCUGUGAGA